AUGUCAGGAUCGUCAGAUUCUUCAUCACAAAAUAGCAAUUCUAGUACAAGUACAGAUGUAAGUAAAUCAGAUUAUAAAGAUCAUAAUGUCCCUUGGCUUCAUCGUUUUAUGCAUCAUCAUCACGAUGGCCUAGUUAAAGCUGCUCUAUUCUUGGCUGGACUUGCCCUCCUUUUCCCUCUAAGAAUUGGAUUAAAUGGCGCAUCAUUUUGUUUAAAAAGAUUUAAGCUGGAUGAAGAAAUUUUUAGCGUUUAUGUUAACAGAGUUCACAAUGCUAUGGAGAUGGGAUGUAUGAUUGGGGUUACAUUGGGAAACAUAUAUGUUCUAUCGUGUGAGAAGUACAUGGAAGCAAUAUCUAUAGGUAUAAACUGGAUUACCUUCGUGUUUGAGAUUGUAUUAUUGUUUGUGUUUAUAAGUGGAGGACAGCUUGGGAAGUUAACUCUGUUUUAUUGGUCACUAGUAGCUUCAACUUUCAUAUAUGGACUAAAUCAGGUAUGUGCAUUUAAAAUUGGUGGAGAGGCUAUAGUGUAUUACAUGGCUGCAAUGCCCAUUUCUGGCAUUUUGACAGCCAUAAUGCAAUUUUCUUUCACUCGUCUUUUUGGAGAUAGGAAUGUUUAUGAUACUGAUUUACUUGUGAUUGCUUUUCAAUUGGGUGUUUUUAUAUUUAUUAGUUUAAUAAGUGCAUGCGUUUGGACGUUGGCAUAUAUAGAACAAAUUUCGAAGAAUAAAAAAUCAAAAGAUAAAAAUGAACCAAAAUCAAAGAAUUGUAAGAACAGCAACUCAGGUAAAAUUAUUCAAGAAAAUGGUCCAGAGGGGAAAGAGACUAAUAGUGGAGAAAAUAAGGGAAAGAAAAACUGUAGGUUUACUCCGAAUGCGAUUUCUGGAAUGUUAAUGUGCAUAAUUGGUCUUGGAAUAAUUUAUGCAAUUUAUCCAGCGAUUGCACCAGGACAGCUUGUCACUUUUCAAUACGUACAAAAGAUAGAGAUGGUAAACAUGAUUGUUUCAGCCUUGCCAUCACUGAUUAUAGCUAUCAUUUCAGAGGCUACAGAAAAUGGACCUAAUAAGGAAUGGACUGGAUCUAAUUCAUUCUGGCAUGGAUUUAUUGUUUUUGUUGUAAUUGAAAUUGUCGUGGGUAUUAUGUUUAUAAUAUCACUCCACUACAAAGACACAGCCUUAUCUCGAGCUAUACUCAGAAACCCUUUAAUGGCAUCAUUUUUGACAAUUACAUAUUUUGUAUGCCAUAUUAUAGCCAUCGGAGUAGGUUUCCCAGGUGUGGAGGCCAAUUCAAACGGAACAGUUGCAACAGUGAACCUGUUCCUAUCACUCCUGGUCAUGAACACAUUUGAGUUGCUUGGAGAAGGGUACAUAGUGGAGUACAAGAAAUACAGCAUUCGUAACUGGCCCACAGAUGGAAUGACCAUCGGUGAAGCCCUUAAAUUCUGGAUUAGGAAAGCAUCUUUCAAUGCGUGGUUAAGCUUAAAAUCAAGUGUAACCACGGAUGUAAGGAAAAAAUUACUAGAGUCUGUGACAUAG